GCCUGUGCGUGGAAGGGGAGGUCAGAGAGAGGGCGCCGCCGGUACCCUGGACUCAAAGCCAAGGUGCUGGCCGGCCGCGGGGGAGGCAGAGGGCAGGCCGGCCGGAGGAGAGGCCCGGGUGCUUGUGGGUAUCAGGCUUCCCCUUCUCCUCUCACCUCUCGCUUUCCCAGUGUGACACCCUGGCUAGAGAAACCUCCGAGGGAAAAUUAGGCUUCCUGUUCCGUCUGAGAGCCAGUUGGAAAGCAUGCAGUUGCUGGUGCUACUCCUGGGGAGGAAAAAGGACCCAUUGCUCUGUCUUGGCCUCCAACCAGACACCAGUGAGGGUGCAGGAGAGAGAGAGAGAAAGAGGGAGGAGAGGGGAGGAGGCGGGUGGAGGUAGAAGAGCAGAAAGGACUUGGAGAAGAGCUGGGGGCACAAUUCAGAAUGCUGGUUAAGUGUGGAGACAGAGCUGCUCCCCUGGACCAGGUGGAUUUCAAGUCCCGUUGGAUGUGGCUGUUCCCCUCAGUCACCGGAGACCCGGGGCAUGGCCGCUCCUAGUGGGAGAUGAGGCCCAAAGCCGAUUCCACUGGCCCAUUGGAUGAUGCCCAGGAGGGCAGACCCGCAGCCAGGCUAGUAGAGCCUGGGCAGCUCAGUGGGCAGAGGCGCAGGAAGCCCACCACCCUGCUGGCCCCAACCCCGGGGUCCGGUUGUUACUGAACCCUGCCUCUGGGUCUCGGUCAGUCCAGUCUGCGAUGGAAAGCAGAGCGGAGCCUGCGCUGCGGCCCUGCCUGUGGCUGCUCCCGGGGAACGUGCAGGAGAGGGACUCGGGGUUCCUCGGCCUGGAGACGGACCACCUGCUGCAGGAAGUAGCCCUGGACGUGCUCUCACCGGGGCACAGGGAGGUUCAGCCGUGCUCGCUGCAGCACUGGCGCCCAGGCUGGAAGACACUUCGUCCGUCCCUGCGCCCGUUCACUCAGCUCUUGGCAGUCUGACUCUAGCCGUACAGAAAGACACAUCCAAGGUGCACGAGAAGGUGCAAACCGCAUGUUUCCUGAGGAGGGAAGGAGAGCCCUCCCGUGAGCGACACCGCGGACGAUGGCGAUGAGCCCAUGCCGGUGCCCGAAGACCUGUCCACCACGUCUGGAGGACAGCAGAACUGCAAGGGCGAGAGAGGAGCCGUUGCUUAUGGGGCUGACGGCUUUAGGGAUUUUCAUGCAAUAAUUCCCAGUUCUUUCUCCCCCGGUAAUGUUAAAGUAGAGACUCAGAGUGAUGAAGAGAAUGGGCGUGCCUGUGAAAUGAAUGGGGAAGAGUGUGCGGAGGAUUUGCGGAUGCUCGAUGCCUCCGGAGAGAAAAUGAAUGGCUCCCACAGUGCCCAAGGCAGCAAAGCUUUGUCAGGAGCUGGAGGCAUUCGACUUCCUAACGGCAAACUAAAGUGUGAUGUCUGUGGGAUAAUUUGCAUCGGCCCCAAUGUGCUCAUGGUCCACAAGAGAAGCCACACUGGAGAGCGGCCUUUCCAGUGCAGCCAGUGCGGGGCCUCCUUCACGCAGAAGGGCAACCUGCUCCGGCACAUCAAGCUCCACUCGGGGGAGAAGCCCUUCAAGUGCCACCUCUGCAACUACGCGUGUCGCCGGCGGGACGCCCUCACCGGCCACCUGAGGACGCACUCGGUUGGUAAGCCUCACAAAUGUGGAUAUUGUGGCCGGAGCUAUAAACAGCGCAGCUCUUUAGAGGAACAUAAAGAGCGCUGCCACAACUACUUGCAAAGCAUGGGCCUCCCAGGCACGCUGUACCCAGUCAUUAAAGAAGAAACGAAUCACAGUGAGAUGGCAGAAGACCUGUGCAAGAUGGGGUCAGAGCGAUCCCUCGUGCUGGACAGACUAGCAAGUAACGUCGCCAAACGUAAGAGCUCUAUGCCUCAGAAAUUUGUUGGGGACAAGUGCCUGUCGGACAUGCCCUACGACAGCAGCGCCAGCUACGAGAAGGAGAACGAGAUGAUGCAGACGCACGUGAUGGACCAGGCCAUCAACAAUGCCAUCAGCUACCUGGGCGCCGAGUCCCUGCGCCCCCUGGUGCAGACGCCGCCGGGCAGCUCCGAGGUGGUCCCGGUGCUCAGCCCCCUGUACCAGCUGCACAAGCCCCACGCCGAGGGCCCCGCGCGCGCCAACCCCUCAGCCCAGGACAGCGCCGUGGAGAACCUGCUGCUGCUCUCCAAGGCCAAGUCCGUGUCCUCCGAGCGGGAGGCGUCGCCCAGCAACAGCUGCCAAGACUCGACGGACACCGAGAGCAACGCUGAGGAGCAGCGCGGCGGCCUCAUCUACCUGACCAACCACAUCACCCCCCACGCCCGCAACGGGCUGUCCAUCAAGGAGGAGCACGCGGCCUACGACGUGCUGCGCGCCGCCUCCGAGGGCCCCGCGGACGCCCUGCGCGUGAUCGGCGCGGGCGGGGAGCCGCUGAGGGUGUACAAGUGCGAACACUGCCGCGUGCUCUUCCUGGACCACGUCAUGUACACCAUCCACAUGGGCUGCCACGGCUUCCGCCAUCCCUUCCAGUGCAACAUGUGCGGCUACCACAGCCAGGACCGCUACGAGUUCUCGUCCCACAUCACGCGCGGGGAGCACCGCUUCCACAUGACCUAAGGGCCCCUGCGGCCCGCACGCCCCGUCCCCUCGAGAGGAGCACGCGGGGCCCGCUCCCCCGCCGCCGCCGCCGCCGCUGCCGGGCCCGGACCAGACCGCUGUGCUUCUCUCCCCUUUGCUUUGGAAAACAAAGAGGUUUCAUGGCUUAGCUGCAGGGCUCCCCCCAGAGCCCCAGAAGUGCUCUCUCGCUAGACGUGUUGGUAGCUUGCUAGCUGAAGUCCCCGCCCCUGUGGCUGCCUGUCCUCCGGACAAUGGCCAUUUUCAGAGAGUUUCCUAGAAACAGGCCAGAGCCUAGGAAGAAGGGGGCAGGUUCCUGGGCCCAGCGUGGGAUCCACGCAGCAGGCCGGGUGCCCGCUGCCCAGCCCCUGAGCUGUGGCCGGAGCCACCCUGCCGGGGAGAUGCCCCACAGCAGGGCCGCGGGAACUGCAGCAUCCCGCCGGCCGACAGGCUGUAGUUAGAGGGAAGAUGCUGCAAGUCAGAUCCUGCCGGGGUUAUCCCACUGUUGGGGAAAAGUGACCAGUGACCGUGGAGCAGAGCGAGGGACGGGAGAGCCUUGAGACUCGCCCUCGAAUAUUUCCAAAUUUCCGAGGCGUUGCUCGGCCACGGCCAAGCCUUCCGGGGCCUGAUGUCAAGUGGAACAAAUGCCAUGUCCCCUGGGGGGGUGCCCGGAGAACGCUGUUCUCUGCUCUCUCACCCCCAGACCUUUAAUGGCCCCCAGAGUCUGUCACUACAUCUUUAAUCCCAGUUCUGGAAUUUAGACCUUAAUUCAGAAUUCGAAUGAUAAAAUUCCUCACACCAAACACUCUUCUAAACGCCACACUCGUUUCUUUGGUUACCUUUCCCCUGCCACCAGCUUCAGCCCUGCAACGACAAGCCUGUCCCGCCCAGAAGGCCGGCCCGACACCUCAGUUCAAGUGUGUCUGUAGCCGCAGCCUUGCCAGUUUUCUUGUCAGCCCUCCCUGCCCUCUGUGUCUCAGUCUCACUUUCAGACUCUCCUAAAGGAAGGCCUCAGAGUGACUGCUCUUUCUCAGGUCAAGGAAGCAGAGGCCAGAGGGAGCCCCGCAGGUGCUGCUCGCCCCGGGCACCUCGACUUUCUUUUUUUCUUUUCUUUUUACUUUUUCUGUCUUUUGAGGCCCACACCCUUGGCAUCUGGAAGUUCCCAGGUUAGGGGUCUAAUCGGAGCUGCCACCUACACCACAGCUCACGGCAAUGCCGGAUCCUUUAACCCCCUGAGCGAGGCCAGGGGUCAGACCUGCAUCCCCAUGGAUACUAGUCAGAUUCUUAACCUGCUGAGCCACAACGGGAACUCCCAGGGCACCUCAACUUUCAAACCAUCUGAAACUGUCCCGUGUAAGGGCGAAGGAGCGCUGUCUGGCUUCGUAGGCAGGACGUGUGCCCUCACACCUGUUCAUCUCAGCCUCCUAGAAGGAAGACAGGCCAGGUUCAAGUGUUUAUGGGGUUGGUCUUCACCACCAGUGUGCAGAGGGAGCACAUGAAGAAACGGGGGACCAACUGUGCACAAAGCACCUCUGCAUUUCCUCUCAGUCCAGGGCUCUUGACUUUGGGGGCUGGAUAGUUUGCAGGGGAUUCCCGCCACCCCUGGCGCAUCAUCAGGGUCAGAGUCGCAUCCCUGGUCCCUACCCAGUAGAUGCCGGGCGGACCACCAGUUAACUAAAUAUGUCCUCUGGGGAGCAGAAUUGUCCCUCCUAGAGAACCAAGCUGCUCUAAGUGAGUCCCAGACCAGUCGAGGGUCUGGAAGCCUCCCCAGAGAAAGGCCCUGCAAGAACGUUCCCCGACGGCAGUCUGGAGCCUGACUCAUGUUCCUUUGGAGGCUUUAUCAGUUCUCUAAAUGAGUCACUCCCCUCCUGUCUUCAGAAACGUACCUUCUCAGGCGCCUCUGGGUUUUGUUGAAAGGAGGGCAUCCCAUCCUCUCUGGCUGACCGAACGGCAGGACAUUGAGCCUGGACCUAGACAGAGUUGGGCUAACUUGGGCACUGGGAGAAGGAGCUGGCGCCUGAACAGGUUCCAGGUGAGAGACUUCGGAGAUUUCCAGUCUGCGGGCCAUUUUCAGCUGCCCUCUGCUUUCCCGUCCGUCCCACAGAGUCCACUCGUUGAAAGGAGUUCUUUCUCCCCAUGGCUUCAAACAAAGCUUGGCCCCCCCCACUGUAAAUAGCGCCCGCGGGAGUUGCCGUCUCCAGGGCCUUCCCCUCCCGCCCUCUGCUUUUUAGAGCCGAUCUGUUGAUCUCCGCGGCCUCUGUCGUGGUUUUCUAUUGUAACACCACUUUUCUCUGAAAUAAUUGUAUUUAAUGUCAGGUUUCAUAUCAUGUCAACGAGUAAUUAAAUUAUGUUGGAAAAGUGGUCACUCUGUACCCAAAGCUGUUAGCGUUUUCCUUCUAGCUGGUAAAAGUAGGGUUUUGCAUGACCUUCCGCACAUCUGUUCUGUGGUUUGUUCUCUUGUUUGACGGGGUGAGCAUGUGUCUUGAGGAGUGCUGUCUAGGCUUCACGCACUCUCGUGUUUAAACUAAAUAUACACCAAAGGAGGGGCCCUCGUAGCAGACAGGUCUUGAUCACAAGGAGAAACCCCUGGUUGGCAUUCCUGCCCCCACCCCACCCGGCGUCACCCAGCUUCUCUCCGUGCCCAACGCCUGGACCCCUCCUUACCCAGGUCCUGCUGUACCUCGUACCUUAGAGUGUGGGCUUGUCCCAGUAGAAGAGUCACUAAAGAGAAUCGUAUUGUCACCAAAGGGCUGUCCCAGCAUCCAUCCCUUCAGAAACCAGCACAUUCCACCUGCAAUUCAGAACCAACCACAGAAAGAAAUCUCAGAAUCUUCACGGAGAAAGACUUGUUAGGGAGAUGUGAAUUUGUUUGUUUUGUUUUUGUUUUUGUUUUCUAUUUCGGGGCUUCUUUUCUUGGUUUGCUUUGAUUGCCUUGUGGCUCUUCUAGUGUCCUCUUCUUGCCAAAACCCAAGCGCGAUGGAGUGGACUUCUGGAGACAAGUCACGAUGCAAAUGCAGUUCUCACGCCUGCACACUCUCAGCUCCAGCAAUAACGAAGGGUCACGCCACGUGAAACCCAGAUCUCCCUCCUUCAGCUCAGUGGGGGUUUAUUUUCCUUAUUUUAAAAUGAACCAAAACUAGACGUAUUUAAGGCAUAUAGACAUCAGAAAAAAAAAAAAAAAGCGCAUAUGCUGUUGGUGCAAUAGCAUUCACUGUGAACACGUGAAACCAGAUAUUAACAGGCAGUCUUGCUUCCAGGACUUUCUAAUACACUUUUUUAUGAUGUCGUGUGUGGUGACCAUUCGGGUCCAGUGUGUCUGUAUCUGACGCAGCUUUAGGUGUUUGGCGGCCGUCCUGGCGGAUCCCUGUACAGGGUUGUAAACGGGAACGUGCAGUUCUCUUCCCGCUCUGCCUCUACGACGAUGUUAAAUUAUUUCUGUUUCGCUGUGAACAGGGGGUUGGGUGGCCCCUGCAGAAAAAGAGUAUUCUUUUGUACACAUUUUGAAAUGCUUCUGUAGUGAUAGAAAAAAUAAAUGCAACGAACCCUC